AUUAGAAAAGUUGUUCAUGAAGGUUAAAUCACAAUAUGUUACAUGCCUGAUGCCCAUAUAUAUUUUGUAAUGAUAAAUACUUAUUGUCAAACAAUCUUUCCAAGUACUCCUUGGGCGAUAUAAAAGCCAGAGAAAGAAUUUUCUUUUUUUAUAUCCAAAUGCAACAUCAGGUAUAGAUAGAAAUAGUAUUUAGGAUGAAUAGAAUAUUUAUUAUAGAAAGGAUAAAAAAGAGAUGUAUUCAUAAUUACACUUUAACAGUUAGUUUAAACAAUACCCUUUGAAAAUGCUGUCUACAUCCCUUAAUUCAAAUAAAGCAUUUAAAUUCAUUGUAAAGAUAUAAUAAAGGAUUUAAGGAAGGUAGGGAAAUUUUUAUUGCUAGUUGGGAUGUUAUGGGAAUAGCUUUAACUGAUUCAGGAUCUGCGUUGUCUAAAUUGGAAACUUAUAAUAG